AUGACGUCGUUCUGUAUUGCUGGUAAGAGUUUGAAUGACUUAAACCGACCAGUCGGAAUUGGAGAAACUGAUAUAAUCAGCCACCUGCCCCCAUUCUUAAUAGAUGAGGUCUUAGAACGUUUGCCGAUUCAUGAUGCUGCGAGAACUAGCGUCCUAUCCAAAACAUGGAGGCGUAUAUGGGAAUCGCACCCAAAUCUGCAUUUGAAUAAGGAAUUUGUCACCCAAUUGGUUACUCAGAAGUUUGCUGAGAUGGAUGAGCAAACUCAAAUGAAAGAAGUUUCGAAAACCAUCAGGGCAUUGAACAAUCUCACUGCGUUGUAUUUCUUCAACAGUGAUGAAAUUGAUUGGCGAUGGUUUGAAUGCACCCAUAAGUUGCAAAUUCUUAGGAUUGUGAUGAGUGAAGUGCCUAGUUCUACUGAUAAAGUGAUUAAUUUGGACAAGCUACUUGGCAAUAUGCCUAGACUCGACACUCUUUGGCUUGAAGGCUUCGUAUACAGGGAACAAAGUGGUCAUUCUAUGAUGUUACUUGAUCCGUGGGUGUUUUCAGACCACAUGAUUCUGGACCAACUUGAAAUUCUUAAAGUAAUAAACAUGGUUGGUUCCCGCAAUGAGUUUCAGUUGAUAAAACUUUUGCUUGCAUCUUCCCCUUCGCUUAGAUCGUUCGACUUCAACAUGGAAUUCAUAAUUGAUGAUCCUGAAGAAGAGUUUAUGAUUUCACAAGAGGUGCAUGAGAUGCCUAGAGCUUCUAGAGAUGUAGUGAUCGAGUGGGUUAUUUAG